UUCUUCAUUCGGGGCUAAAAGAAAAAAAAAAUAUCUAUUCCCAGUAAUCUCCUCUCUCUUCAAUUUUUCUCUCUCUAAAACCCAGCAUCCGAACGUUCUCACUUUACAAAACCCUCUCCUUCUUCCUCUCAUACCAGUUACCCACAAAUUCUGAGCUCCACCGGCACACCAUUUCACCCACAAAACACAAUCCGAACAAAGAAGAAAAAGAAGGGAAAUGUCAGCUGCUUCAAAGCUCAUACGCUUUGGAACCGCAGCACUGUUCCAUGCUCCCAUAAGAACUAUAUCUGCGACCCCUUCACUUCGUUCUGUCAAACCCUUCGCUGCCUCACAAUCUCUGCGCUUCCCCAGGUACAGCUCUUCCUCCGCUGCAAUUGAAACUAUUGAUAGCGUCACCGCUAACAGCACAGAAGCGCCGCUGCUCCAUCCCUGGCCCGAGUGGGUGGCUUUUAUCGACCGCUUGAAGACCAAAGGUUACUUCACCGGAACCCAGCCGAGCGAGAGUGACGAUGUUUACACGGACAUGACUCAAAUAAAGGAUGCGUGCCUCAGCUUUGCUCGUGACCGCUACGAUGUUUUCAAAUCACUGUCUACGGAAGAUAUGCAAGCAGUUGUAGAGGGUGGAUGCCCCAAUCUUUUCCGAAAAGCUGUGAAUUCAGCAAAAAGAUUGAGAUUCUAUCUGAGACUAGAUGAAGGGGAUGUUUGUGGUGCUUGCAAUCUGCGAGGUUCCUGUGAUAGAGCGUAUGUGGUUCUUAAGGAAUCUGAAGCUGCGGCACGGACAGUGGAUAUAGUCCGAAUACUAUUGUUUCAUGCUCUGGAUCCACUUGUUAUUUCUGGGGGGGAGAAACCUCUUGGUAGAGACCUUCUAGAAACAUCUGCAAGGAAACUGCUUUCUGAGUUGCUUCAACUCAGUGAAACAGCUGUUGACCCAUCACUUCCAAAGCCUGCUGCCAAAGCUGAGAAAAAGUUAUCUGCAAGUAUGAUUGAUGAUGGACUAUCUCAAACUGUUGAAAUGAAGAGAGGAGAUUGGAUGUGUCCCAAAUGCAAUUUUAUGAACUUUGCUAAAAAUCUAAGAUGCCUACAAUGUAAAGAAGAUGGCCCAAAAAAAGCUGAUGCGGGUGAUCUUGAAAUGAAAAAGGGAGACUGGAUCUGCACUGAAUGCAAUUUCAUGAACUUCUCUAGAAAUAUACGCUGCCUAAAGUGCAAAGCUGAAGGGCCAAAGAGAGUCAGUACAGAUGCUGUUGAAAUGAAGAAAGGAGACUGGAACUGCCCAAAGUGCGCUUUCAUGAAUUUUGCAAGCAAUAGGAAGUGUUUGCGUUGUCAAGAGACACGGCCCAAGAAAAAUCCUACAGAUUGGGACUGUCCCUCAUGUAAUUUCUUGAAUUAUGGUAGAAACACAGUCUGCCUGAAAUGCAACUGUAAAUGCCCCAAGGAAGCAACUACUAGUGAGUACGAGGAGCAGAUGUGGAGGCACCCACGCUAGUAUAUUCUUAAUAAGCACAAAGACAUUGUUUUCUAUGGAAAUUUUCUGAGGUUGGUGCAGUGCAGGACAUAAUGACCCUUGGGCACGUGUAAUUCUAUCAGGCUGGUGAUUACAUAGGAGAGCACAUCUUGGGUGAAAUCAUGAGAUGUUUGCGGUUUCGUGCAUUCACAGAAAUACUGGAGGCUUCUACAAGCUACAUUUGGUCCUUCAUAAUAUUUUGCAUGUGUAAGGAAAGGUGUUCUAAACUCUGCUUACAUUAGCAGGAACAGUGUGUAACCAAUGAAUUUAUGGUUUCUAUGGAAAGUUUUGAGCUCUCAUUUAGAA